AUGACUAACGAUGAUUCCACAGCUUAUAUCUGCAUCUAUUGUCCAUUCAAUUCGGACAAUCUAGAAGCACUUGAAAAUCAUUUAACGAGUGCACACGGGCAUGGAUGUCAAGAUGCACCACUACUACUAACACAAUCUUCACCAUCAUCGAACAUUAUCAACAAGGCCAGUAAACGCGAGGCGCCUGAUGAUGAACAGUCUCAAUCUUCAUUGAAUGGUAUUAAAUCGACAACAGAACAUUCAUCCGGAAUUAAACGAGUUAAACGAACAGUAUCACCAUCAACGCCAACAAAUAUAUUUAUUAAUGGUGCUGAUAAUAAUUUAGAAACAGAUGAUGAUAAUGAAUAUGAUGAUGAGGAUGAUGAGGAUGAUGAUGAUGAUGAUGAAGAUGAAGAUGAUGAACGAGAUUCAUCAUCAAAUCCAACAACAAUGUCACCUAAAACUAUUUUAACAUGUCCAAUAUGUAGUUCAACAUAUCAUCGUCUUGGACAUUUAUUACGACAUGCAAAACGAAAGCAUCAUAUUGAUUUAUCAAAUUAUGAUGGACAACAUACAUUUGAUAAGCUUACAUCACAAGCAAAUCAAAUGCAAACAUCUGAAAUUGAAAUAAAUUCAAAUUCUAAAGAACAAAUAAAUUCAAUAAAUACCGAAGAUAUCGUUCUAUCGGAAAAACCAUCACAACAACAAAGUAAACAAAAAUAAAAAUUAUUCUCAACUGUUUAGAUCAUUUUUUAGUUAGGACUAUGUGCAUUGUGUAGACUCAAAUGAAUGUUGAAUAUAAUGAAAAGAGUUCGGACUCUUAGUUUAUUAGUACAUAGAUACUGCAAAUUCACAGUAGGUUUUAAAUAAAUACCGUAAUCUUUCUUAGGAACGCGUAGAAACUUUGCAGAGAGACAAACCUUAAAAAGAGUAGUGUAUUGUUAAAAUUCCAAAACUUUCGAUUCGCUUCUAUCCUGAAAGAAGAACACAUCGAAUCUUUCGUUAUAUAUAAGUGAUGUAAAAGACACGCUUUUAUCAUAGCUAUGUCUGGCAAUAGAAACAAUAACAAGAUGUAAAACUAUUCUCGUUAAGGACUGUCUCUGUACAAAGUUUCAAAUCGAAAUUCGAAAAAACAGUUUUCCUAAGAUGGACCGCGACAUUUAUUUAAAAACUACGGUAAAUAUUCAAUAUCGCAGUAGGAAUAAGUUAAGAACUGAAUUGUUUUCACGAUAUUCAUGGCUC